AGUCGAUAUAGAAUGAAUUUCAAAACUUUACAAUAUAUUUUCGUGAUCGCUAUAUCUGUGUUAUGCGAAGCUACGAAGAUUGAAAACCCGUGUCUUCGUGAGAAACAUCGUAAUUCGUUCCUGUGGAAAUUGAAGCGAGAACCUCCCGUUUAUUUCUUUGGUACAAUACAUGUUCCCUAUACGAGGGUGUGGGAUUAUAUACCAACCAAUACAAGGCGCGCCUUCGACGAAAGCGACAAUGUUUAUUUCGAACUCGACCUCACUGACGUCACAACAGGGAUGGCGCUUUCCCGAUGCAAGCGACUUCCGGUUGGUUCAGAGAUCAAACAACUUCUUCCACCGGAUCUUUACCUUCGGUUGAAACGUCAUCUUAAUUACGUCAGACGUGCGAUGCCGUCUUGGGUGACGUCAGAGCAAAUGAAAAAAGGACUCACAGCCAGCUUGAUGUACAACGAGAUAGCUGGAGGUUGGGAACGUAAACGACCCAUCUGGAUCAUGCUUAUGAUAAACGCUCUUACCAAACCGGAUAUCCGGUCACGUGGGCUUCCGGUUCUUGACGUUCAUCUUGCUCGACAGGCGGGGGUGAUGGGGAAACACGUGGGGGCGAUAGAAACGGUGGAAGAACAAUGCGAGCCCUUCAACGGACUUAAUAUCUCUCAGGCACUGUUCGCAUUGAACCAUACACUACUUGUACAAGAACGGAUACGACGAGGGUCGUUAAAGAUUCCAUACUCAUCAGAUGACUUGGUGAACAAAUAUAAUUGUGGGGAUCUAAGUUCGCUUUUAUUUGGAAAGGAUACGUCACAACUGCCAACUCUAAGAAGCUCCGAUCAAAAUUCCGAUGAUGACGUGUCAAAUGACGUAACGAACGAUGACAUCAUAAUGGAUAACGCGAUGGCGUCCGAGAUAGACGAUUACUUGAAGGAGGAAUUAAUCUUCCGUAGAAACAAGAGGAUGGCGACGAGAGUCAAGGAUUUGAUCCGGAGGAGAAAAGAUGAAAGUCUCUUCUUCGCGUUCGGUGCCGGUCAUUUCCUAGGCAACGGAUCCGUCAUAGAUUAUCUCACUAAGGAAGGAUACGAGAUCGAACGAGUUGAAGCCGAUUUCGGUCCAAGAGCGCACAAAGUUGUCGAUGUGACGUCAUUGCCAAUGACGUGGAAACGGGAAAAUCCCCCUCGGAAGCAUAAAAGACAAGGAGGACGGAAGACGAGACAAAAUCGGAAAUCUGGCGAGCGACGACGUAGCAAGUCACGUGGUUUGAGACGCCGAACAAAGAAAAAAAAGAAUCGUUCUCGAAAUGAUGACGUAUUUAGUGAGGUCAAAAAUAUUCAAAAUCUUUGGGUAAACCAAGCAGAAGAGAGAUUUGAUGAUGAUUCGUACUUCCGAUAUUACCCGGGUGCAUUCCUGGAUUCGGUAGAUUCGCGAUCUCAUAUUCGAAUCGUCAAUCGGUUGCCAACGCCUGCUUAUGACGUCACAGAAAGAAACAAUCUGGAUUCCAUAUUCAAAUUUAAUUGGACACCAUUUGACGGCAGCGAAGAAAAUUAUUUGUCCACUAGGCAGCGCUAUAGGCCAUACACAGGAUAUGACGUCAUGAAUAUAAGGUCAGACAAUUGGAGCGAUGACGCCAAUAGCGGGCGUCGUUCCACAACACAAAACAAUGCUUUGGUUAUGACGUCAUUAAGCGUUUUACUUGUGUCGAUUAUCGUGAGCUUUCUCACUGACGUCAUAUGGAUGGAUUAUGACGUAACAACAGCGAACAAACAUAAGUCGUUUCCUCCCGAACUUUCUGGUCGUAUUUGUGAUAAUCGAAUAUUGCAAAGCCGGUCAAAACAAAUUAUUUCUCCCGUUGCUGACGUAAAUUUUUAAUUUUUUUAGCAUUUUUUGUAACAAUCACUGUUAUUUUGUAUAUUUGUGUGGCUGGUCCACAUUUUUACUACCCGUUGUUUUAUAUUAGACAAGAAGUCAAACUGAGUUUUUGAUAAACAUUUAUACUUGUUGAAAGUUAAAAA